AUGGAGAAAAAAAAUUUCAGAGCAACUAACUUUUCGGCGAGAGAAGAAAAUGUCCUAAUAAAUCUUGUGAGAAAAUAUAAAAAUGCAAUAGAGUGCAAAAAAUCUGAUACAGACAACAACAGAAUUAAAGCAGAGGCAUGGCAGAAAAUCUAUACUGAAUUCAAUAGUAUCCUUGGAGAUCCUCAUAGAACUGCCAAAGUUCUAAAAAAUAAGUAUGAGAACAUAAAGAAAAGGGCUGAACAAAAAUUUGCUGAUAAUAAAAAAUAUGUCAUUGGAACUGGAGGAGGGCCAUUCAAAGAUUUAGUGAUAGCUGACACUGAGAAAUCUAUUAUAAUCCAGGUUGAGGGCAAUAAUCUCUCUGAUACAGAGAAUUUUGAGGAUAUAGAGGAAAAUUCUCCAGAAAAAAUUAGGAAAAUUGAUGUUUUACAUUCGGCAAGUUCUUGCCAUGAUAUUUAUUCAACAGAAGUGGAUUCACAUCAGAGUUUUAGUGCUCCAACAGAAACCAAAAAGACCUUAAAAACUAGAAUCCACGCUGGGCCAAAGCUUACUCCUGAAAUGUCUUCUAAUUUUUGUGCAUCAGUUGAAGAAGUGCCCCAUUCAUCAAAAUCUUCUACAAAUGACUGGGCUACAUAUACACCGGCGAUGUUGAAAAAGCCAUUGUCUGCUCCAUUGCAAAGUCUUGAGAAUAAAGAUAUAACUCCAAAAAAAAAAUCUCAGUGCCGACAGCUGAGUGCUCGGUUAGAAGACUGGGCCAAGAGAAAAUCCAACUACACGGGAGUUCAAGAAAAAGUAUAUGAAAAAAAACAUGGGUAG